AUGUCCAUGCUUAUCAAAGGUCUUAAAUAUAUUCCACCAUGUCAAAGUCGAUUCUCACGUCAAUCUAUUGAUGCUAUUGUCAAUGAACAAUACAAGACUUUGUAUUCCAUUGUUCAAGGUUGCCUUGGUGAUCAUCGUAUGCAGCUCGUAGAGCCACGUGAAAAGGAAGGUUUUUCAUCCUUGAAACGAAUCCUCUAUGAACUUCAAUCCAAAAAAUUACCACGUAAACUAGGAAUUCGUGCUCGACGUGAACGCAAAGUAGUACGAAGUAUUAUAAAAAUUUUACGUCAACGACCCGACAUUACUGUUCGUCGAACUGACAAGAGUAAAGUAUUUUAUGUAGGUAAUGCUACAGUUUUUGCCGAGAAAGCAUCAAAAUAUAUGAUCGAAACAGAAGCUUAUCAGGAGAUCUCGAACGACCAUUGUAUUUUAUCGGAAAAUCUUCAUUUGGUUACUACUCUUCUAGCUUCUCUUUCAAAAAAGGGUGCUAUUAAUCAAGAGCAACAUAAGAACAUGUCUCCGAAAACAGUUGCAUUAGAAUUGGCACAUCUUCAUUUUAUCCCAAAACCACAUAAACCUGAUACACCAUUACGACCGAUUGUAGCAGCUAUUCAUAUACCAGCAACAGAAGUGUCCAAAUUUCUUAAUGAUCUAUUAGCCCCUGUAUUUCUACGUGUUGCACGAAAGACCACUUUUAUUAAUGGUAUUGAUCUUGUUCGAGCAUUAGAAAAAUAUGUUACCGAUGGUCAGUUAAAACCAACGACCUUGUUUAUCACUUUUGAUGUUGAAAAUCUGUAUACAAUGAUCCCACGACAAGGUGAUUUAGAGGCAUUAAUGCAAUUUCUUGAACGACAUUUACACAACAAGAAAAUUGGAACAUUGCGCAUUGAUGAUAUCAUGAAAAUGGCUCGUCUCGUAUUGGAUACAAAUAUUUUUACCUAUGAAAAUAAAUAUUACCGACAAAUACGUGGUGAAGUUAUGGGAUCUGCCUUUACACAAACAUUAGCCAAUAUUUAUAUGUUAGAUUGGAAACAAAAAUUAAUACAAGAUCAAGAUGCAGACAAAGAAAUAUACGGACGAUAUAUUGAUGAUGUAUUUAUGACAACAAACUCAACAUUCGAUCAAGUUAAAGAAAAAUUAGAAAAUGCUCAUAGAAAAGAUCCAAAUAUUCGAAUUUCAUAUUCCAUUCAAUCUACCAUCGACUUUCUCGAUGUCACAGUCAGCAAUGAUAAUGGUCAAUUGAAAACAACGAUCUUUCAUAAACCAGCCGCUGAACCCUAUAUACUACCUUACACAUCCGAUCAUCCACGAAAUGUUUAUCAUAAUAUACCAUAUGCAGCUCUAUCGAGAGCGGCAAGAAUCUGCUCGAAUGUUGAAGAUUUUGACAUAGAACGCAUUCAAAUUGACCUAUCGUUAUUACUAAACGAGUAUCCACCUUCAUUCGUUUCUAAACAUUUUCAUCGAUUCUUCCAACUCAACCAGGCAAUGCCCGUAUUAGAACGGCUUGAUUCAGACGUGUACCACGAAAUACAUCAAAAUUUACUGCAUUCACCAACAAGAAAAGAAAAACAAUUACAAGAGACAACCGAAGAUCUUGAUGCUUUACCUGAAAUAUUACAGAAAAAAAACCUUGGGAUUCGAAUGUCAUGUAUGCAAAAUAUAACUUCGAAAGUGGACCAAGAUUAG